AUGGAAAGGCAGGCACUGUAUGGAAAAAGAAAGAAGAAAAAGACUAAAUCACCGAAUCCGUUGUUUGAAAUGUGGCUAAAAGAGUGGAAAGAGGAGGCUGCAGAAAAGGGAAUAAAAACACAGUUUGUUUAUGCCAAGGCAUUAAAGUCCCUACAAAGAUAUCCGCUUGUUUUGACAUCAGGGAAGGACUGCAAAAUCUUGGAAAAUUUCGGUGACAAAAUUUGCAAAAUGUUGGAUGAUCGGCUUCAAAAACACAUACAAGAACAUGGUUCUAUUGUUCCUCCAAAGUCUGAAGAGGAUUCCCACACCAAACCACCAGCCAAAGAGAAACCAAAACAAAACAAAGCAGCCUCUUCAACCACUAGACCAGUGAAUCAGCAGUCAGUUAUCUCCCAUGGAGCGGCACAUACUCUGUCUGACUCUGAUAGUGAGGGGGAGUCAGAGAUCCCUCAACCCCCAAGGAAAAGACAGAGAUCUGGACUAGCUAGUGGAGAGAGGGAGUAUGUUCCAGCCUACAGAUCUGGUCCUUAUGCUCUCCUUAUCACUCUAUACAGAGACAGACAGUAUGCAGAUGGUAGAGGAUUCAUGACAAAAACAGAACUCUGUAAUAAAGCCCAGUCAUUGGCUGACAAAUCCUUCACUCUGGCAGAUCCAGGAUGUCGUUACACGGCUUGGUCCUCUAUGGGGACUCUGAUAAAGAAAGGCUUAGUGGUGAAGGAGAGUAGCCCAGCCAAGUACAGCCUGACAGAAGCUGGAUGUCAGCUGGCACACCGGCUAGAGGCAAUUCAGGCUGAGGAUUUACCACUAAGGCCAGCCUCAACACAGAGAUUACCAGUAACCGUCCCUGGAAACAGAAAUCAAGACCAUGGAUCACUUCAAUACAAGUACGUAACAAAUGAAGGAGAUGAGGUGAACAAGAAAGAUAAAGCAGCUGUUCUUAUUGAUGAUGAUAUUGGGCUCGGAUUCCUGAUUAAAGUGAACUACCAGCUACUAUUGUCUAGUGGGAAACGUUACCGACUCGACACCACUAGACCUCUAGGAGAUAAUGUGUAUGUUUAUCUACAUGAAGAGGAUGCUGUUGAUUGUGUUGGUGUUCAGGAAACUACUCGACUACCCUCCUUGAAUGAUUUAGAGGAAACUCCAGCAAGUACUGCAGUCAAACCAACAAAGGAGGCAAAGAAAAGAACAAAACUUCCUAAGGAUGUGAUGUCAUCCCACUCAGCAGAACCACAGCUUCUGUCAUUCCAGAAUUCCUCUCCCAAACUCCCCACCCUGCACAAUAAAGACACACCUAGAAUUUCCUCUGUCAGAGCUCUUAGUCUUGAAAGGGCAUCAGAGAGUGAAAAUUCUCAAGAGUCCACCAAUACUGACUGUGUAUCAAAUUUUGUGUUCCUACCUGGACAGUUUGAAAUCAUCCUGUGUGUUGACAAUGCUGAAUUCUAUGGAAGCAGACAGGGAGGAGGGAAGUCCUUACUUCCUGACCUCAUUAAGAACGGUGUGACCUGUGACCUCAGAAAACUCCAUGUAGGAGAUCUACUGUGGGUAGCAAGGGAGAAAACUCAUCAGACAGAAGUUGGGAUAGAUCAGCCCAGGAGGAGAGAACUGGUGUUGGAUUACAUUGUAGAGAGGAAGAGAAUGGAUGACCUUGUUCACAGCUGUACAGAUGGAAGACUCUCAGAUCAGAAGUUCCGCCUGAAGCACUGUGGCCUAAAGAAGCCAAUCUUUAUGGUGGAAGAUUAUGGCUCUCUGCAGCACUUCAGUAUCCCAGAGGACCGCAUCAGACAGACAAUAACAAAUCUCAAGGUCAUUGAUGGAUUUCAAGUAAAGAGAACAAAGAAUGUUAAGGAGUCAGUAGCUUACCUAACAGUGAUGACUCACUAUCUACAGAGUUAUUACAAGAAUAAGACCCUCUAUGCCUGCAGUAUUGAUGACAUCAAAGAACAGGACUGGAGUAACAACAUAAAUGAGCGAGAAAUCAGACUGAUGGAGUUUGAGGAGUUUAACCAGGGAUCUGUCAAGUCUAGGAAUCUGAGUGUUCAAGACAUGUUCUGUAAACAGCUGAGUAAAGUUAGUGGAAUGUCUGGUGAGAGGGCUCAGGCUGUGACUCAGAUCUACCCCACAAUAAGUCACUUAAUGGACGCCUACAGCUCCUGUCCCAACAAAAUGGCAGCAGAGCAUUUACUUUCCACAGUCAAAGUCAACAAGUCUCUCAGGAAUCUAGGAAUGAACCCAAGCAGACUUAUUCAUCAGCUCUACUCCACAGAGGGUCCAUUAAAAUGACAACCUACCAGACACCAUCCCAUCUCACACCACAAACAGUUUACCAUACAUCAUAUCAACUCAACUCAACCAGUGUACCAUACACAAUCUCAGGUCACAACACAGUGUAGCAGACAUCAUCUCAACUCACAACACAGACUGUGCUUUAUAAUGGUGUAUCAUACAAGCUCAUCUCAAAUUCUCCACCAAAUAGAAUCCUUUGACUUUUAAGAUAGACACAUCUCCCUGCUACCUCACUCACAGUUGUUACCUGUGACAGUGUACCUGUUUAAUCAAACUGUGUAACACAAAUCCAUGAUAAUGUAAUUAACUUGUCCUACUCAGUUUGAUGAAUAAUUUCAAGAUAAAAGAAGUGUCACACAUGUACUGCAUGCAUGUAGCUGACUUCCAGUAAAUGUAUUUACUAUUCAAAUAAAUCUGUACUUUAUAUUUCAUUC